AUGGAGGCUCCGCAGCAGCGACACUCUGACGCGGGAGAAGCUCCCGCCUGUCCUGCGUCUGCGGAAGUGGCCGAUGGUCUGUUACCGUGUGAGCGCCUUGAAAAGUGCCUGCCGCUACCGCCUCGUUUGGAAACUGCGCUGCAGAGUCUGCUGCACGGCCUUGAUAGAACUGUUAACGCAUGGCAGGUCCAGCAACUGUUUUUGUUCCAGCAGGAACUCUCGGCAUUUCACGCGUCUUUGCAGGAACAAGCCGGCGCGCUGGACGAGGAGGCACAACGCUUCUUGGAGACAGGAGUGCCCUGGGAGUAUGGGACGAGUCCCGCGGUCGACUCAACGCUUCCGUCUCGUCUCUUCUCUCUACUUAUCCGGACUGUUCUGCGUUCGAUUGUGAACAGGCCUCUCUUUGAAGAGGCCGCGUCGCCUGCCUCUCCCUGUUCGUCUUCUGCGUCGACUGCUACAGCUCAUUCCUCUUCGAAAUGCUCCUUCUUCGAACAGAUUCGCCGCUUCUCCCUCCUCCUGCACGUGAGCGAGGAGCGCACACUUCUCGCCAACUGUCCUUCUCUGCCGUCUCUGAAACUCUCUGACGCACCGCAGUCCUCUCCCGCGUCUCCGUCUCACGCCUCUCUCCACACAUUACUGCUCUCCGCGCAAGCAUCGCUGAAGGCCAAGCGUGCAGCUGUCGAACAAUUGUUCUCCUUUCUUCAUGACUCCGAGCUCCAGACCCUUCUGCUCACACCUUCCAUCCCAGACCUGGCAGCCCUAGAUCUUUUGAAGAUCGACGCGUCCAUCCGGGCCAUUCUGCCUUCCCUGCGGCGGACCGCCUCUGCUCUGGCGGACGCAACUGCUAGAGAGGCGUUGCUUUCCUCUUCCCUUUCUGGCUUCCCAUUUGCGGUGUCUGGACAGGAGAAUCCGCCGUGUCCUGCGUCGUCUGCUGGAGUAGGCGUGGGGGACUGCGCGAGACAGGAGGGCAAUUCAAGGAGGGACGGCGCAGAAUGUAAGGACGUAGGAGUUGAAAAGGGGCUGGCUGAAGGCCUCUUGGCGUUGUGGACGACUUCGCUUCAACGGUUUCUUCAGACCUCUCUUGGGGUGUAUGUCCACACCGACGCGACGGAUGAGCAACAGAAUCUGGUAGAUCUGGCUUUCGUGGGCUUGAGCCCAGCAGAAUUCACGCCGCGCCUUCUCGAGCAGUUCCUCGCCUACUGCUCGACCUGCCAAGAGCUCUCUCUUUCCCGGGCUCCGUCCGGCCCCGGUUCUUGCUUUCCUUGCGGAGGCGCGUUGCCCCAGGCGACUGCCGAGAGCGGGCAAGUGGCCCCUUCGUGUGCGGGAGUGGAGCAGCGGAAGAGAAAACGGACAGAAUGCGAGCGUUCUCUGGCGGCACGUGGGAACCUCGACGUCCUCCGUGAGGUUCUGGUGUGCUGCCGAGAUUUCCUAGCCUCGCUUUUCCACACGGUCAACCGGGCGUGGAGCACCUCCGAACAAAAGGCCUGGCGAUUACGAGACGAAGCGCGGGACGCCCAGACAGAAGGCGAAGGCGCUUUCUAUGCUGCCUUGGUCGAGGCGGCUUCUCUCGGUCCUUCCUUCGCAGCGUUUGUGGAGCCCAGACACAAGACUCAAGAAGGGAAAAAGAAGGCAAAGUCGCGCCGAACAACGGGCCAUGCAGACGAGCAAGACACACCGGCGUUCCUUCCUUUCCACUUCCGCGGGCCUGGCGAGGGUCGGCCGAGCCUCGUCGACGUGCUCUUGUCCCAGCGGGGCGAGGCAGCGAGUCUGCCCAGCCUUCUUGACCUCGUCUGCGGCCUCGUCGACCUCCUCCUUGAGCAUGCAGUUCGCGGUAUCGACACGGCGCAGUGUCCCUCCUGCUCUCGCGCCUUUGCGCCCCGCGAGAACCGAGAACUUUGUUCUUCCUUCGGCUCUCGCUCCGGCGCCGUGGAAGAGACGCGCGAAGCUGACGGCGGAGGAGACAGCGUGUCCGGUCUCUCAGGCUUCACCGCAGGAUUGACCGCGCGAAACGUUCAGCCCGUCUUUGCUUCGGUAUCAGACGGGGAAGGCCCCCGAAGCACUCAGACAGAGAGCGAGCAGUCGGAGCCGCGGACCAAGAGACGUGCGCGAGACCGCGAUGCCGAAGACGAAACGGAGACGGUAGAUCUGGAGUCUCUGCAGACGUGCAUUCCCCUGGCCUUUUCACUCUGUGGCGCUUUCCUCAAGCUGCUUCGUUUCUGCGUGGAUAUCGGCUCCCCGCUUUCUCCGUCCUUCUCGCUGACUCUCUCGCGCUUUUCGUCCUCGCCUGCCGCUCCCCAAGCCCAGAGCGCCGAUGCCUUUGUGGCGGAGGCGACGUGGGCGGUGCUGCACCGGUGCAUGCAUCUUGAGUGCCUCGCGAGUCAUUUGAGCUCCUCGGCCUCCGUUCUCUGCACCCAGCCGCGAAGGUUUCUCGUCGAUGGCGAGGAGCUUCGCGACGAAGCAGUGGAAGAACAGUUGGCAGAGCAGACGGCAAACAGCCCUUUUUCUCUGACAUCUCUCUUUGGAGCUAUGCAAGCCGACGAAGAUUUCCGCCGAGAUGUCUACGCCGUCUGCGCCUUCGAUCCCAAGUUCCGAUUUGUGCUGUAUCGUCUCCCGUACUCUCUCGCUCUCGGAGCACUUGAGUUCCUCUCCGUGCAUGCACCAAAGGAGGCGCGACGCCGGUGGCCACUGUACGUUCUUCUCGGCUCUGUCUGUGCUGCCGACGAAGGCAAACAAGACGGCGCCUGGCUGGAAGCCGCCGUCGCCUCUGCGCUGAUGCAGGCGCCCUCUCCGCGAUCAUCUUCUUUCCUCGUCUACCCGAACUGGUGUGCAGGGAGAAAUAGAGACAAGUUCGAAACAGGAGCGCAAGGGGCGGCCGAGGCGGGAGUGAACGGAGACCUCGACGCGUUCUCGGCAGCGGCGCUCUACAAGGAGUUGCUCGCGGCUGCCUCCGAGUGCGAGGACUUCGUCCCUCAGCGCCUCGUCUUUCUCGGCCUCGCCCGCACGCUGGCAGUCGGGCCCCGCGUGGCCAGCCCAAACACGACCCAGCACCUCCAGCAGCAACUCCGCCACCUGCAGCUGCGCGCCUUCCCGGCUUCUUCCCUCCCGGAUGACCUCGCCCUCGACAUGCUCGCCGCCAAUCUCCAGUGCUGGCUCCUGGGGCGAUGUCGAGGCGUGAUGGAUAAGGUGGAAAUCUUCGAGCAGGCCCUCGCUCUCGUGGAGAAGCGGCUGAACGAGGAUUUCGCAAAAAGCCGAUUGUUCGCCCUUCGAACGCUCCGGGAACUCGCUCGACUCCUCCCGUCUUUGCUGCUGUCUGAGGCGAUGACGCGGCCGCUGUUCAUCAAAUUUUGGACGCUGGUUUUCACAGUCGACGCGUCUGCGUUUCUGCCUCUCGCGGCGCACUCUGAGAACCUGCACAACGGCGCGUCGCGAGCGACAGCUGGGAAGGAAGACGGCGAGGCAUCUGCCGCCCCGGCCGAUGUGGGACCUCUCUUGGAGACUCUGUUCUACGAGUUGAUUUGCCGGUUCGGACCCUGCUUGCUCGCGUUGCAACCAAACGCGGCACCGCCGGACGAAAACGUCUUCGCCGCACUUCACUCGCUGCUGCCGCCAACCGACAACGGCGCCGCUGGCGCGGGUAGCGGGAGCCUCGCGCGAGUGAACGGAGCGGAGUCGGGAGCGAAGCAGCGAGGACGGGAACUAGCCCUGAGAGACGUGGUGCUUCUUCUCCUCACUUUCUACGCCGAGAAACAACACGAACUCGCCAAGGCCGCACGCGUGCCGCUCACCCGAGGAAGCGUCUCGCCUCGCCAGGCUGCCGCUUCGUCUGAGCUGUUCCCGCUCCCAGACGAAUUUGCCGGAACCCGCUGA